UAAAGAAUUAUUUAAAAUAAUAAUUUAGUCUAAGAAAUCAAUUUGUUAAAUUUAUGUAAUUGAUAUUCCUAAAACAAAUUUCUUUAACAGAGGAUAAGGAGAAGUAUACUAUUAUUUUUCUAAUAAAAGUGAAGAAGUUAUGAAGACACGCGUUAUUACAAUUUUGAAGCAAAUUUUGACCAAAAAUGUCAAUUUAUCGACCUCUCUUAACGAGUGCCCAUACAAGGUCUCAGAAUAUGUCGAUCACAAUCCUAACCCAAAACUUAGCACUUCACUGGCUGAUACUGUAGAUUCCUUAGGUUUCGAAUCGGAUCAUCAACCAAAUAUCGUUUCCGCUGAAAUGGCCUCUCCGAACUUAGAAAUUAGGAUUACUCCAAAAAAACCCGAACAGCUGGCAAAAUCAUCUAUCAAUGAUCCCACUAUAAAGACUUCUGCUCAGAAAUCGUUUCACGAAAUACCCGGGCCUAGGGGCUUGCCUUUUAUCGGAACUUUGCUAAAUUACACUACCAAAAAUUCCACUUACAGCUUAAAUCAUAUGUUUUUGUCUCAGCUAGAAAGAUCUAAGCAAUUCGGACCGAUUUACAAGGAAAAGAUAGGACCCAACUCCGCUGUUUACGUAACAGAUGCUAAGAUAUAUGAGAAGAUUCUCAGAGUCGAAGGGCCAACACCUUACAGAAUGAUAUUAGAACCCAUGUUAAUAUACCGAAAGAAAAGGAAAUUAGCUAUCGGAAUGAGCAACUCGCAAGGCGAAGAGUGGAGACGUAACCGCGUGAUACUCGGGAAAAAGAUGCAGAAACUGAAAGAGGUCGAAAAGUAUAUAUCGUGGAUGGCAGGGGUUGCCGAUGAUUUGUUGAAGCGCAUUUCAUUUAUUUCGGAUAAAAGCCACAUAGCUAAUGGUAUCGAAUUGGAGAUCUGCAAAUGGUCUUUAGAAUCUGUGUGUACCUUUCUAUACGACGAUAGGAUUGGGUGCCUAGAUACACCACCUAACUCUCAAGCCAAGUCCUUCGUCGAAAGUGUGGUGGGAUAUUUUGGAAGUAUGCACCCCCUGAUAUUCGGAGCACCUUUCUACAAAUACUUUUCCACACCCCUGUGGAAAAGACAUAUAGCUCACGCUGACAAUAUGAUAGCUAUGGGGAAGCAUUUUGUUAAUAAAUUUCUACUGGAAAAAUUCCAAAGCUUAUCCAACAGCUCAUCCCUUUUAGCUUAUUUGAUAAACUAUCCUGGAUUACAUAAAAGCGAGAUCAACUUAACCAUUGUAGAUAUGAUGAUGGGAUCCAUAGAAACGACGACGAACACAAUGCUCUGGCUGCUCUACGUUUUAGCUAAACAUCCAAGUCAGCAAAAUAAGCUUUACGAAGAAAUCCUUAGAGUCUACCCCAAAGAUGAUGUAUUUACGUCGGAUACUUUGUCCAAUUUCGUUUAUCUCAAGGCUUGUCUAAAGGAAACAUUAAGAUUAUAUCCUAUAACCUAUGCGACUAGUAGAGUGAUGAUAAAAGACGUAGAAUUAGGUGGAUAUCACAUACCAGAAAAGACACACGUUCAAGGUUGCUUAUGGGCCAUGGGGAGAGAUGAAACGAUAUUUACUAACACACUCAAGUUUAACCCUGAAAGGUGGAUUAAAACGAAAUCAUCGCCUAAAGAGAAUGAAAUGUCAAUCGAUAAAGACUCGACAACAAACUCGGAUAUGGCACCGUUUGUUGCUAAUCUGGUUUGGGGUCACGGAGCAAGACAAUGUCCCGGUAGACGGUUAGCGGAGCAGGAGAUUUAUAUUACAUUAGCUAAGAUUAUAAAGAAAUUCGAGUUGAAAUACGGCCAAGAUGAGGUUAAACCAAUCAUGAAGCCCAUUAUAGGACCUGAUAGACCAUUGAAAAUAAUAUUUGUUCCUCGUUAAAUGUUUUUUUUUAUAUGCUAUAUAUACAUUUUUAUAUAUAAGCUGAACAAUUGUAUAUCUAGUCUUGUUAAAGGGCUCGAUUGGAGCCCAGGCCUGAAGAUUUUGCUAAUAGAAGGAACAAAGGUCUAGACAUAUAUUAUCAAAAUCUCGAGAUUUAUACACUAUUUUUCUGGAUAAAAGUUAGCCGUAUUUAAAAAUCGCCUUAAAACACUAUGUAUUUCUAAAAUUUUUGGCUAUAUUUAAUUUUACAGUUAGUGGCGCAUCAAAAUUUUUCUUCAUAUACUUUCUUAUGUUCGUAUACCAGUUAAAUUUGAGAAUUUGAAACAUGCGAAUCAUUUAUUAUAGCCCUUUAAAAUGUUAAUCUUUUUUUUCUCGCUAGAGUUAUUUCAAAUUGAUAUGUCCAAAUACUAUUAUUUUGCCUUUUAUUUUUAAGUUAAUGACAUGAUCAAUCUCUCGCAAUAACGGCGUAAAAUGGAAAAAAAAUGUAUCUGUUAGCGUCAAUGUGUUUUUUUUCUCGCCAAUGUGUUAUUUUUUUUCAACUUUUAUAUCAUUUUAUUUGAGCAUGUGAGGAAAUGUAUUCUAUCAUGUUUUGUUGUUAAACGGUUAAUUUUGAGCCUCGGCAAAUCAAUUACUUUAUCAUAAAAAUAUUAACUCAGCCUGAAUAUUUAGCUCAUAAAAGAAACAAGGGUUCUAAGCAUAUAUUAUCGAAAUCUUGAGGAAUAUAGGCAAUAUAUUGUUGGCUAAAAUAUAGAGUUAGUUGUUUUUUAAGAAUCGGCUCAAAACGAGCCGUUUGAUAACACUAAUCACGUUUGGAAUACCUAUAUAUCCUAUAAGUAUCAGACAAUUUCUCCAGGAACUUCUGCACUAAAAAAUGAUCUAAAAGUAGGAAAAAUAACAACAUUGAAGCUAACAUAUAUAUAAUUGUAUUAUGGAAUACUUUUUUUUUUACAGCGCAAUUAUUUAUUAUAUUU